AUGGCGAUUGACGCGAGAUUUGGUAGGUUAUCGAGACUUGUCAAAUAUUAGCCGUGUCGUCAUCGCCAAAUCAUGACAUCCAUCAGCGAAGUCGAUGCUGUACCUAAAUCGAAAAAACCAUCAGAUAGUGCAUUCAAACAGCAAAGAUUACCAGCCUGGCAACCAAUACUGACUGCUGGUACAGUUCUACCGACGUUCUUUGUGAUAGGAGUUGCAUUUAUACCAGUUGGCAUAGGACUGCUUUAUUUCUCCGACGAAGUCAAAGAACAUAUUAUAAAUUACACCAAUUGUAAUUCUACCAAUAUUACUGGACUCAAUGGACUGCCUAGAAGAUGUGCGGAUGUAAUCGCGGAAGACCCUGGCAAAGAUUGCUUUUGCGAGGAAAAUUUCACGCUACCUGUAGACUUCCGUGGAAAAGUUUACAUGUACUACGGCCUGACAAACUUUUAUCAGAAUCACCGUAGAUAUGUCAAGUCUCGGGAUGACAACCAAUUGUUAGGUCACUUGAAUUCUGAGGCUGUCUCUACCGAUUGCGAGCCGUUUGCCUAUACAGAAAUAAACGACACUCUUGUCGCAAUUGCUCCAUGUGGGGCUAUCGCAAAUUCACUUUUCAGUGACGAAUUAACGCUGCUUUCCGCGAGACACGACAAUAGCAAAGUACCAUUAUUAAGAACCGGCAUAGCUUGGCCCUCUGAUAAGAAUAUCAAAUUCAAAAAUCCUGAGGGUGACUUGAAGAUAGCAUUUAAAGAUUUCGCCAAGCCUAAAAAUUGGAGUAAACAUAUUUGGGAGUUGGAUCUCGAAGAUGACAAUAAUAAUGGAUUCCAAAACGAGGAUUUAAUUGUAUGGAUGAGAACUGCUGCACUACCUACUUUCCGAAAGCUCUAUCGCAGAGUUAACCACAAUAAGAAUGGUUUCACCGAAGGUCUAGUUGCAGGGAACUAUACCCUUAAAGUCAAAUAUUCAUUUUCAGUGUCAGCCUUCCAUGGAACGAAAUCAAUGAUUUUAAGUACAACUUCACUGUUGGGAGGAAAGAAUCCUUUCCUUGGUAUUGCUUACAUUGUUGUGGGAAGUUUAUGCUUGCUGCUAGGCGUAGCAUUACUGAUCAUACAUAUCAAAUGCUCUAAAAGCAAACUAAUGUAAAGACGACUACAACAAAGUAUUCUUAGGGCACCAUAUAUGUUCUUCACCGCUGACAUGAUCAAUGUAACCCCAACUAUGGAAUACCAUUAGGAUUGGUUCCUCCACUCGAAAUAAGCAUAAUUUUAUGCCGUAGAUAAUUAUUGAUUCAUAUAUUAAUUCAAAGUACAUUUUCGUUUAUUUAAUUUAUUAUUACGAACGAAAAUACCAAUAAAGAUGGUAUACACAGUAACUAAACAGAGAUCAAAAAUGUAUUAAGAAUCUAGUUUUUUUUAAAGAUUUUUAGCCAAGUUUCAGUAUUAAUAUACGAAGUGCCCUGUAUUACGGAUAUUCAUAGCUGUAUUAUUUUGAGCUGAAAAUUAUAACGUCACGCAAGCUGCAGGGAUUUGAAGUAAUAAUGUAAUCGAUAAUCAAUUAUCCACAGAAGGUCACAGUCAAUAAGUGAUUGGAACGUUAUGAACAUCUUUUCGCAACACGUAUAUACAUUAUAUAUAUUAUUAUAUAAUAUUAUGUAUAAUACAUAUAUAAUGUAGCACAGCCAAUAUGACGAGUAUUAACAAAUAAUUAUACUGUGCUGAAACGAGAUGUUCAUGUCGCAAUUUUGUUAUCUGAUCCUUUGUUCCAUUUAUUUACGGAAAAAAUUAUCACAAAAUAUUCUUUUGAAUUAAGAAAGGGUAUUGUGAAAUAUUUAUUAGUGUGUCUUUAAUACGACAUAUUUUACAUUGCGUUCAUAUAUAACCAAUUCAACCUUUUAAUUUCGAAACUACGAUAUUAGAAGUACGUAAGGCGAAACAUACUUCAUAAGCAACCGUUCGAAUGCGCAUUGAACGUUUCCUUAUGAUCUCACGUAAUACAACAGUUGUGACAUUAUUUCGUAAACCUUUCUGUACAGUUUUCAUUUCGUGUUAUUUUCAAUGCAUCGGUGCGGUGAUUACGCCCGAUAAUACGAUAUCAAUUGUCUGUUUGUUCGAUAGUUGGAAAACCUAAUUAUAUUCGGGAUGCGCGGGCGAAAGUCUCUUCAAACUGUUGUAUUUUGCGAGCGGAUAUAUCAUAUUAAGGCCGUUAUUCAAAAAUUAAUAUUUGUUAUGUAAAGUUAUGUAAUUAUACUUUCACAUUCUAAAAAUUUAUGUAUAUUAUGCAUUUGUAGUUUUUAGCUCCUCCUCUGGAUGCUUUAAAGAUACCAGAUAUGUAGGAAGAGUAGAUAUAUAUAGAAUAUUCUAUUAUACUUCAACAAAUUAAUUACGUUGUGAGAAACGGUACAUUACGAUGCGUACAAUUUCAAUGAUUUCAAUGAUGAUUAUUUCUUUACUUUAGUACGAUGAAAUGAUUUGUUAUUAUUAUUAAAAUCGCUUUGACAUUAUCAAAAUUGAUUGUAUUGGCCAGAUGAUAUAAACUUUGAAUAUCACAUGCAUACACGACAAUAUGUGUAUGCGUACAAUGGUACGCAUAUAAAGUGUGUGUGUGUGUAUUUAAUUUUUUUUUUUUUUUUUUUUUUUUUACGGACAUUCGAUCAGUGGCACAUAUUUCAAUCGAAUUAAGAUUCCAUUUGACGAAAGUUAAUCAUGAAUCACUAUAUAUAUUUCUAUAUGUAUCAUCCAGUACAAUUUAGAUUUAUCUACGGAGAUAACAUUGUUCUCAGAAUUAUUAUUGCGAUAUUCUGAGCGCAGUUUUGCUUUACUGUGCCUUAACUAAGAACUAUAGCAUACUAUUCUAUAAACGUAUUGUACAUUAUUACACAACGUAACAACUAAAGAUAUCAUUAGAAUAUGUAUGUGUGUGAUUACUACAAUUACUCUGUAAUGGCGGCGGACCGCCCGUCAAGUGAAAUUGUAGUAAAAACGGAACACUUGUGAAAUUAAUCUAGUCGACUGUGGAUGUAAUAAUAAAUAAACAAAUAAAUAAAAAAAAAAAACAUUAAAACUAUCUUCCGACUAUCGUCGAGGUGCGGUUAUAUAUAAUUAUUGCG